GGCGCGGAUGAGCUGCAGAAGCAGAACACUGCUCUCAUCCACAGACAUUAGGCUCCCAUCCCUCAACACCACAGCGCGAUGGCCGCAGCAGUGGAUUCGAACUGUUAAAUGUUGUUUAAUUAUUUUUAACUAGCGUUACCUCACAAAGCAUAUGAUUCGCGUCCCUCGCAGCUGCGCUACAAACACUGCAAGUGGUCGCCACUGCGCUAAGACGACUCACCAGCUGCCACAAACAGUGACCCGGGCACCAAGAGGAAGCUGAGCUACCAGGCUGCAUGGCGGAGCCGGAGCUUCUGUUGGACUCCAAUAUCCGACUUUGGGUUGUGCUACCCAUCGUCUUCAUCACGUUUCUUGUCGGGGUGAUACGGCAUUAUGUUUCCAUUCUUCUUCAGAGUGACAAGAAGUUGACGUUAGAACAGGUUUCUGACAGCCAGGUUCUUAUUCGGAGCAGAAUCCUCAGAGAAAAUGGAAAAUACAUCCCCAAACAGUCUUUUUUGAUGAGGAAGUUCUACUUCAAUAAUCAAGAAGAUGGAUUUUUCAAGCAGACCAAAAGAAAGGUUGUUCCACCCUCUCCAAUGACAGAUCCCAGCAUGCUGACAGACAUGAUGAAGGGAAAUGUCACCAAUGUUCUUCCCAUGAUCCUCAUUGGAGGCUGGAUCAACUGGACCUUUUCAGGAUUUGUAACAACUAAGGUUCCCUUCCCUCUCACUCUGCGCUUCAAGCCCAUGCUUCAACAAGGAAUAGAGCUGCUUUCACUGGAUGCCUCCUGGGUGAGCUCGGCGUCAUGGUAUUUCCUGAACGUGUUUGGACUACGAAGCAUGUACUCAUUAAUUCUUGGACAAGAUAAUGGUGCAGAUCAGUCGAGGAUCAUGCAGGAGCAGAUGAGUGGUGCAGCCAUGGCCAUGCCUGCAGAUACAAAUAAAGCUUUCAAGGCUGAGUGGGAGGCACUGGAACUGACGGACCAUCAGUGGGCUCUAGAGAGUGUAGAGGAGGAUCUGAUGAGCAGAGAGCUGGACUUGGAUGGGAUGUUUAGCAAGGAGCUGCCGAGUGGCAUCUUCUGAUGGCCGGGUCACUUCUACUUGGAGCCUUCAAUUUUAAUGUUGAUCAUUGCAGGGAUUUGUUUUUGGUUAGAGCCCCAGAGAUUGGACACAUCCCUUAAUGUUAUGCAACGUUUACAUUCACUUAUUUGUUGUCCUUGUCUUUUCACAUGUAUGAUUACCUUUCCAUUCCUGUCCAUUUAAUAUCUGAAAUAACACUGGUUCUGCUGCUGUUCCAUCUCUUUUGAGAUGUUUGGGAGACAUUAAGUGGCUUUUCGCUUACUGGAAGGCAUUAUUAUUAGCGUGUAACUGUAUGCCAUCAUGCCAUUAGGUAAUAGAAUGUGAACUACCUAGUGCUUCUUUUUUAUUGUGUCAUGCACCGCUAGACUAGCUGUUUCAUUUUCCAUUUGUGUGUUUAAACAAUAGACGUUUAUUUUAUUAUACUUUAACAAUCUUUAUUUGACUCAUCUGUUAGAUCAUAGAUGGAUCAGUGGUUCUGUGUCAGCUGCCUAAAGCUGGAAAUAGACCCAGAAGUGAUUAGCUGUUGGCAGAGAAUGUUUGUGUGAUUGAAAUAUUGUUUUUUUGAACUAUGUAGAUGGUUUAUUUUGUAAUGUAACCCCUGUGUGUUUUGUACAGCAUAAAGCCUGUUUUGACAAAAUAAACGGUUUUAUUUGUUGCAAUGCA